GAACGGCCUCUGGUGACAUUUUCUUGGGGCGGCGCGGACGACUGAAGGGAAUUGGUGUUGGAGGCUGCGGAGGCGGCGAGCUCUACUCUGCCCCGCUGCAGGGGCUCCAGCCGCGCUCCUCUGCUCGCCGCUGGGAGUUGUCUGAGGAGAAGGGGGGCGGCGGGGCCGCGGCGGCCCGAAUCUGCGGCCCGUCAGCGCCGCCCGGGUGGGCGCGUGCCCCGACGGGGCGCGCGGGGCCGGCGAGGAGGCACGGACGGCGGGGCGCAGGCUGCUUUCCAGUUGCAUCUUUGAUAUCGUUUCCUAGACUCUGUUCCAUGAUUUAAUCUGGAGCUCUGAGAUGAAGAUGGAGGAGGCAGUGGGAAAAGUAGAAGAACUCAUUGAGUCUGCAGCCCCACCAAAAGCAUCGGAACAAGAGACAGUCAAGGAGGAAGACGGCUCUGUAGAACUGGAGUCUCAAGUUCCUAAAGACGGUGGAGCCGGCUCUACAGUUCUCUCCUCAAUGCCCUGUUUGUUGAUGGAACUGAGGAGGGACUCCUCAGAGUCCCAGUUAGCAUCCACAGAGAGUGACAAGCCCACGACUGGCCGAGUUUAUGAGAGUGACUCCUCUAAUCAUUGCAUGCUUUCCCCUUCCUCUAGUGGCCACUUGGCCGAUUCAGAUACAUUGUCUUCUGUUGAAGAGAAUGAGCCCUCGCAAGCAGAAACAACAGUAGAAGGAGAUACUUCAGGAGUGCCUGGUGCCACUGUUGGACGAAAGUCUAGGCGGUCCCGUUCCGAAAGUGAAACAUCUACCAUGGCUGCCAAGAAGAACCGGCAAUCCAGUGAUAAGCAGAAUGGCCGAGUCACCAAGGUUAAAGGUCAUCGGAGCCAAAAACACAAGGAAAGGAUCAGACUACUGAGGCAGAAGCGGGAGGCUGCUGCAAGGAAGAAGUACAGCCUGCUGCAGGACAGCAGCACCAGUGACAGUGACCUGACGUGUGACUCCAGCACCAGUUCAUCAGAUGAUGAGGAAGAGGUUUCAGGGAGCAGCAAGACAAUCACGGCAGAGAUACCAGAUGGACCUCCAGUUGUAGCUCAUUAUGAUAUGUCUGACACCAGCUCUGACCCAGAAGUGAUAAAUGUGGACAAUUUAUUGGCGGCUGCAGUAGUCCAAGAGCACAGUAAUUCAGUAGGCGGCCAGAACACAGGAGCUACCUGGAGGACCAGCGAGCUUCUAGAGGCAGGUCAUUUGGAUCCAGGAUUCCUAGCAAGUGACAAAACGUCGGUUGGCAGCGCACCGCUUAAUGAAGAGAUUAACAUCGCCUCUUCAGACAGCGAAGUGGAGAUUGUGGGCGUCCAGGAGCAUGCAAGGUGUGCUCACCCCCGAGGAGGUGUGAUCCAGAGCGUUUCUUCCUGGAAGCAUGGCUCGGGCACGCAGUACGUGGGCUCCCGGCCAACACAGUCAUGGACUGCUGUGACCCCCCAGCAGACGUGGGCUUCGCCAGCAGAGGUGGUCGACCUUACCUUGGAUGAGGAUGGCAGGCGUAAAUACCUUCUGUAGUGGACUGUCACUGUCUGCACUGAUCCUUCCAGCCCUCCUCUCCGUGACAGGGAGGCUCAUUUCAUAGCUUCAGCUUCCUAAGCUGUUUGUGGCAUUUGUGGGAUGGAAAUUCAUGGUAGCUCCCCCUUUUAUUAAAAUAAUUCACUUAGGAAAAUAACAGCACAGAGAAAUAAUUUUUCUUUUCCUCAAUAACAAUAUGAGAAUGGUGGAUUUUAUUAGACAGCUUCAUUUUGCUUGGUGAUCUACCUUAAAGUCACCCUCCAUUUAGAAUAAUAUUUUACUUACUAGACAAAAUGGAUUUCAGGUUUUGAAUCUCAUAUUUAUUUUUCUGUAUAAUGAAAUUAAUAUCUAGAUGUGACCACUCUCUGUCACCUCAUUGUCACUCCUGGUCUCGGGCAUUUGCACACAGAUGAGUCAGGUUCUCCUCAUUGGCGCCUGGUAGGGCAUGUGCAUUUAGAAACCCCUUCCUUAGAUGUGGAGGACAGAAGUGUUAUAAAAUAUAUUUUUCUUUAGCUUACUUCUUCUGCCCUCUUUCCUGACAGCUCCUUGUUUGCCACAACACAGAUAUUUGAAAUGCCCCUUUUAUUUCCAAAUACUAUUAAGGGGACUCAGUUGGUCUCUUUGUUGCAAUAAUUCCUAAUUCUUGGAGAUUUUCUGGAUAUCUGAAGAGUGCAUUGAGAGAUCAGUGGGAAAUCUGUAUCUUCCAACGUUUCCCUCCUGGUUUAUUCAAACAGUAAGCAGACAUGGAAAUCUGUUACUCAAGUAGGAAGGCUGUAAAAGGCAGAGUGGCAUCAAAGUCUGUAGGCACUUGCAAAUCUGAGCAGACAGUGCCUUUCCUCACAUCUGGUUGCUCCAGAGAGGGUGCGACCACUGUUUAACUGGACCCCAGGCUGUGUUUGUAAGUUUUCUUCUCUGCCUCCUAAAAGUAUGUAUUCAAGAGAAAUCAAAAUAUAUUGUAAGGAAUCGGAUGCAAAGCACAUCGACAGUACUGUAAGUCGCACAGUUUAAAGCAUUAGAACAGGUAAUAGAAACUUCAGGGAAUUUAGGAAAUGCCAGCGGAGGAACUCUGUCGCAUCAGUACUACCCUUUCCCUAUAAUGUUGUAGUUACUAGUGAAGUACUUUUAAAAAGCAAUACCUAGAAUUAGAACACGCUGUAUUGUGCACAGGGGGAGUGAAGUAAUAUUGGCCUGGAAGACUUCACGUGUUUUUGUUUCUGCUUCUGUUUUCAUUGUUACGUGCGGUGUUGCUAUGUCCUUUUGCCUCCCUCUUCAAACGCCUUGGUGUCUCUUCCUCAGUACAGGGUGAGACCCGCCAUUUUCAUUCAGUGCACACACACUGACCAGGGACCCACUCUGCAUCCAGCACUGUGCAGGGUCGAUGCUGUGGAGGCCUGAGAGGAAUGAGGCACAGCCUGCCUGCAUGCUCCUGCAUGAGUCUGCCUGGCUCCAUCUGCCUGGCCUUUCUUUUUCUUUACACAAAUACAAGUUCAUUCAUUCUUCUCCUUGUUAAUUGAGUUCUUCUGUAGACUCCUCCUGGAGGGCGUUUUUGAGCACCUGCUCGUUGAUCCUCUCGGGCGAUGUCCUGCCCUCUGCUCACCAGCUGCUCAUUUCCCCUGCAGUCUAUGGCUAUACUACUCACUAGGUUUUAAAAUCAUGAAUCUCCAGUUGUAGUGCAUUGAUCACUCUCACCUGGCCACAAUCCUAGAUAGAAACCAAAGACCCAGAGGCCAGAGCUAAACAGAGCUUCUGAAAACUCACUGCUGGUAUAUCUUUGGACUUUCACAUCUUGCUUUAGGAUUAAUUUAUUGAGUUUUACUGUUACACAGUUUUUUGUUUUGUUUUUUUUUUUUUUACUUGAAUUAAAAUACUCAACAAAGGAGAAGCAUAAUUUCUGGUCUAUGUUUUCCAGAAAAUCAUUGGUAAGAGAAUACAGUGGAGGGUAUGACUUGAAGUUUUUGCAGCUUAUCUCUCUCUUCCCCAGUGUCAGGGCACAGCCCCACUUUAAAGAAUGUUUUUGCAUUACUUAUUUUCAUGUUAAUAAUGUUUUGUUCAAGUCUAUAUAGCAGGUGGUUUCCCUUGACAUUUUAUUUAGCCAUCCCCUGUCUUUGGGUGUACUGUGGACUGGGGACAGAAUGGAGUUGCAGCCAAACUCUUUUCUGGCCUUUUAUCUUAGGUUGCACACAGAUACUCCUGAUACAUGACCCUGACUACUUGACUUGGUGCACCGGAAUGGAGAGUUAGACAGUAAUAUGCAAGGAAGCGAAGGCACGCUUGAAGCAGUCUGCUCUCUCUAGCAAGUAUGGGACUUUCCCGUCUGAUGCCUAAUUAAGAGGGCAGUUGAACUCCUUGGUUAUUACUACAUCUAGGAGAGUGGAAAUGUGGUUUGUGGCAAGGUGUUACAAAUUCUGUGACAUACAACUCUUAGAACAUUUGAAAUUUCUUUAAAAGUAUUGUUUGCUAAUCAAACCUUUACAUUUGGUACCAUAAGGAGUUCUUUAUGCUUUGCCAAGACAUUGUGUGAGGGAGACAGUGGGAUCACAGAUUGCUUUAUGCCACAAAUGUGAUCGAUUCCCUUCCCCUCCAAUCUGAAGAAGCAGAAGCAGAAGCAGAAGCCUGGCUGUUUGUCACUGUGUCGGCUCUGCAGCUACAGAGCAGUGGUUCUCACUUGUGGGUCGUGACCCCUUUGGGGGUGAAUGGCUCUUUCACAGGGCUGCAGCAUUAGGAAGGUUGUAGACUGACUGGAUGAUGUCAGUGGCAAGGGAUUAGUCCUAGCAUGCGUUUGUCAGCACAGCUCUUAGCAUGACCUGCCCAGUUUGCCAGCUCAGUCAUUCGUUCACCUACUGUUAGCAAACUAGCACCACAAGGAAUUUAAGACAGAUGUUGCCUGCUUCUUUUGUCAUUGUGUCACAAGGCUUGCAAAAGCCUGGGGCACAGUUUAGUCUUAGUUUUGACUUUUUUCCCCUUUUUUUUAAAAAGGCAAAGAGCCGAGCCCCAAUUCCUGUUGUCCCAUAUGUGUGUGAUGUGACUUCCAUGUGUAUAUAAAACUAUUGCACCCUAACCAAACUUCCUCAGACUGUGCACUGUUUGUUUAAAAUAAUCACGUAUUUUAGUUCAAUGCUGUUGUAUUUUUUCUUUUUAUUUAAAACACUACUUAUUCUCUAACAAAUUUCAAAGGGUAGCGAUCUUAAAAAAAAUCACUGGAAACGAGGAAAUGCGUUUGUUGUUGCUUUGUUCUUUAAAGAGUGCAAAGGUCGUUGGCUCUUUUGCUCUUCUUACCUUGAACAUGAAUUGUCAGCCAUUGUGUGGCUAGGACCCAGUGCACUUGGUGUUCACAGACCUGCUGUUGCUGGACUGAGCGUGGACUUGAUGCAGUGACGACAAAUCAUUGCGUAGAAGUAAUGUUUCCAAAUGUGCAACUCAAGUUUGUAAAUGAAAUUUGGUUCUUUACAUCAUUAUUUAGGUUUUGUUUCCAUUUAGUAUUUAAUGGUCUUUGGAGAAAAAAAUAAACAGAGUGUUAUAUAUAUAUUUUUUGGUGCAAGAUAAGAUUUUGUUUUUUGAAAUAAGUCUGUAGCAUAAAGGUUAAACUAUUUUAAGAUAAAAUAAAAAUAGAGUGUAUUUAAACAAUGA